AUGGCAACAUCUCAAUCGCUUGCCCUAAAACAUUGGGCGCGCAUCAUCAAGCGAUGGCCUAUCGACAAAGUUCGCCCGGAGAGCGUGUCCUUCCAAGCAAUUAUGCAGAGGCGCCUCGACCGAUUGACAAACCCAUCACUGAACGCAGCAGCCACCAGCGUCAAAGGGAAUGAGGCUUUGGUCUCGGCUGCACCUCCGCCCAAACUCGACGAGCAGAAAGAAAUGAAACAGGCCAAUGCUCUGUAUUCCCUCUUGGAGAACCGCUACGAGACAAAGUUCCCAAUGCCUCAACAGCUUCGAUACCCAGAGAGCCGCAAGACACACUAUGAUGAUCUACUGCAGGAGCUUGAAGAGGCGCCCUCAAGAACAAAGUUCUCGUCUUUUAUGGCGCGGUUGAAGGGCCGCUUUCGCCUGAGUUGA